AUGCCUGGCUUUUCGGAUUCCUUCUGGACGCCCGACUACGCCACGGGGCUCGGGGUGCUCUACGGGAAACUCCAACAAGGCGUUGUUGAAAACAGGCAGAUCUACACAAUUGCCUCUAUGCGUGCGGAUGCGGAAGAUCUGUAUGGCAACAAGCUUGGGGACAUUGCGCCGAGCGUGGAUCGCAUGACGACCGGAUUUGCGAAGGAUGAUGGGGCCAGUGUGCGAAAGGCAUACGAGGGGGUUCGUACGGAAAUGGUUGAAUCGGCCAAAAAUCAUCAGAAGAUCGCAUCGAACAUCCGUGAACUAGUCGUCACGCCGUUUCGGCGCUGGUGCGACCAACACGAGGCUCGGAUCCAGAUCUCCCACGACGACCUUCAGUCUCGCAUCAAGGAACACACAAAACAAGUGGAACUGGUCAAGAAACUGCGAAGCCACUAUUUCAACAAGUGCCGCGUGGUGGAGGAUCUCGAGGAGGAGAACAAGCUUGCCUUCCAGGCUCCUGAAACCAGCCCGAAGGCCAACGCUCCCAAAAUCGUUCUUCCGGAGGAACAGGAGCCGGAGGAAGAACCGCUUGAGAUUGGGGAUCGCAUGUACACUCCCGAGGAUCUCAAAAAGCUGCUGCUGCACAUGCUGGACAACAUCAAAUUGGGUGACGUUAAGGUGCCCAUUAUCGGAACCUAUCAAAACACGUCGACUGGCUCCGAUAUUGUGGAAUACACCCAGAAGCAUAUGAAUGCAACCAGCAUCACCUAUGCUGAGAGAAUCGGACAGGACCUUGUUGAUGGUGGCAUUCUCCGAUUAGUGGGCAACAUGGGCAGUACCUUUGCCAACAGCUCCAAAAUGCGAUACCAGUGGCGUCCUAGGGUGUUCCAAAUCACCGGCAUCCCCGACAAGAAGACGCCGUUGAUGCGGGUGACCUCGAUUGCGUCGAGCGAAGACGGCAGUGAAUCCCCGAUUUCCUCCGUUUCGGAGAUGCUGGCAGUCUGGAAUCCGCUCAACAACCCCCAUCCGAACGAGACGCCGGCCGAGAAGCUGCGCAGGGAGGCGCGUGAGGCUGACGAGCGAUACAAGAGUGCUAUUCGGAAAUUGGACCAGAUCCGAUGCAAGCUCGAAGAAGAGAUUGUGGAGAACCUCCGCUUUAUGGAGCAGUGCGAACUGGACCGACUGAAAGCAAUCAAGGCUGUUGUCUUGGAUUUCUCUGGCGCAGUUAGCAACGUGAUUCCCAACCUGCAAAGCACGGUGGAUCAUAUGAUGCUGUACCAGGAAACAAUCCAACCUCUCGGAGAUUUGAGAUAUCUGCUCGAGAACUACCGCACGGGAGGUUUUGUGCCCCGAGUACAAGCCUAUGAAAACUACUAUGGGUCCGUAGAAGAUCAAAUUUUCGGUGUGGAUCUUGAGGCCAGAGCGAGGGCCGACCGUAAACGCGUUCCUAUUCUGGUGACCACCAUUCUGACCUAUUUGGAUAACCGAUACCCCGAACUCGAGGGCGAUGAGGCGCGGCGCGCAAUUUGGCUUUUCGAUGUUCCUCUGGCAGCAACACACCACCUGCGGGGUGCUCUGAACAACUCCAAGGUCGACUACGGGGAGUUGUUGCCGAAAUACGAGAUGCCCAUUAUUGCGAGUGUGUUGAAGCUGUAUCUUUUGGAGUUGCCAGACUCUCUUGUUUCCUCUCAAGUUUACGAAAUUGUCAAGACUAUCUAUUCUACCACUGCUCAUGAGACCACGGAAGAAGGACGGAUUAAGGUCUUGCAGAGCACACUGGGCCAACUUCGUCUCAACAACAUAGCUACCCUUGACGCCAUCAUGACUCAUUUCACGCGCCUGAUAGAUCUCACGUCUGCUGACGACGCCUACGUUUCUUCUCUUGCUCAAUCAUUGGCUCCUUGUGUCCUUCGUCCGCGCACAGAAAGCAGCCUUACGAUGAAUGAACGGCACAGUUAUCGUCUGAUCCGGGACUUGUUCGCCCACAAGGAUGCCAUCUUUGGCGAGCUGAAGCGGCAAUCAAGUGCGCUUGGAAUCGCAGGCCCGUCCAACAAUCGUCCUCGCGCUAUUAGCACCGACGAGAGCAAUCGUCGGGCAGCCAUGGAGGCUCGCGCUCGCGCUAUCGUUGAUCGCACUCGCGCUAAUAGCCCAGCGCCUCCUCGGAAACACCGUCGUGACCGAUCCAGUGGCGCUUCUGAGGCUGGACGCUUCCCCGUCAACGUCACCAGCCCGACCGAGAGGAGGACCAUCGUCCGAAACAGCCUUGAUGUUCCCAGCAGCAACAGCUCUCCAACGGGAGCUGAACAACUGUCUACGGUCAACAUCAACUCCGCUGAGCCUGCCACCAACGGUACCUCUAGUGACUCUCAGGCCUCCGCUGCCGCUAGUGGAAGCCCUUCUUCUGGCACGUCUAGCCCUCCACCACCGGCUGUGCCCGAAGAUUCUCCCACGCCCACGCCCACACCAGCCCAAGAUGCCGAAAAGCGCGCUUCCACUCGCUCUAGUGGCAUCUACACCCGGAAACCCGGUCUCGGCAACAGGUCCAGCUUCCCCACCGUUGCAAGCGGGGAGUCAGAGCCGGGCAGCCAGAGAAAUAGUCUGGUCGAGAAUGAGCCACCCAAAGGCGUGACUCUGGAAGAUAAACCCAUGGAUGAUUAA